AUGCCCGUAGAACAUACUGCAACCACCACCAUUCUGAAACACCCCAAGGGAUCUGUAGAGAUUCUCGCAUAUGGGGCAACCGUCGUAUCUUGGAAAUUCAAAGACCAAGAACGGCUUUUUGUUUCUUCGAAAGCAUUUCUAGACGGGUCGAAGCCCGUUCGAGGCGGCAUACCAGUCGUAUUCCCUUGCUUUGGUGCGCCAGUGCACCCUGAGCAUUUCAAGUUGGCACAACACGGCUUUGCGAGAAAUGAAAUCUGGAAAUUUGACUCGAUUGUUAUGGAUAAUGGAGUUGGAGUAUCGGUCAGAUUCACUCUGGACUCUGAUAGUGGUCACAUCAAGGAGUUGUACUCCAAACCCUUCAAGCUGGCCUAUGUUAUCACGUUGGCGGGGCAUCAGCUCAGCACUGACCUGCAUGUUGGGAAUACCUCCACAUCCGACUCCCUUGAAUUCCAGGCUUUGCUGCAUACCUACAUCCGCGCUCCAGCCGACGAUGUCUGCAUCACUUCUCUUAAAGGUCUGUCCUACUACGACAAAACCGAAUCCACUCAGGAGGCUCGGGCUAUGCCGAAGACGGAAACCAGAGAUGAAAUCCUAGUCAAGAACUUCACGGAUUCGGUCUACGAAAACGCGCCAUUAGACUAUAAGGUUGUUUGGCCAAGCGGGGGUGUUCACGUCAAGACUAAGGGCUUCAAAGACGUCGUAAUAUGGAACCCCCAAGAAGAAGGCCGAAAAAUCGGUGACAUGGAAGUUGGAGGAUGGAAAAAAUACGUGUGUGUUGAACCGGGCUAUGUUCGAGGAUUCGUGUCUCUUGAACCGGGCGAGACUUGGAUUGGACAGCAGGUCAUUACGGUUCUCGAGAGUGAUUAA